CUGAUCAUCACAUAUUGCCCGUUUUCCUGCGCCCAAAAUAAGUAAAAUAUGCGGCCAGGGAAUGACGAAGCCACGACGAAGAGAGCCUCACUCAGGAUGGAUGACGGAAGUGCAGGCGAUCUGUUCUGAACAAGACGACCGGUUAGAUGGACGACGAGGCUAAAGUGUAGGGCUACCAACAUGCAGCCACGCUCAGCUUCAAAGUGCACAACAAUAAUUACAUGAUUACAUGCACUGGGCCAAGCCCUUUCACCAGACCAUCAUCAUGAGGAUCAGUUAGUAAUAGUUAGUUCACCAUGUUCACCGCGAAUGCUCUGCUGCCCAUAGUCGGCAUAGAUCUAUGCAUCAUGCAUUUAGGGACUUCACUAUUGACAAUAGUGAAGUCGUGUAGUACUGAGCCUGAACAAGACGUACAUUGUACAUGAUUGAGUACUGUACAUCAUGGUCCGCGCCCAGUCCUACUAGUACUACACUAGAUCCACGGGACAAACCCUGAAGGAGUGACGACCCCGCGUGAAGGGCGCAGCGAUCGCUGGUUUUGCGCUCGACUCUGCCGUAAUGGCCCAGCAGCAGUAGGCCGCCACGGACGUCGACGCGGACGAAAGAUGUCUUCACCUCCUCCCACCUGUCAGCAGUUCUCUUCUCAGCGGAAGGUCAGGCAGUUUUGAUAGAGACGUGGGAAGGCAAGAAGGGGACCGACGUCGCUCUUGUGUUGCUUUAGUAAACCGCCAUGAGCAGCCAAAUGAAUUUGCAACGAGAUGUUCCCAGCAGCAACACUACCACCUCGACGACAUCUUCGAGGCACAGCAAACCCAAGCUACCACCUUUCACGCGAGGCGAAAACCCGACGCAUCCGUCCCCAGGGCCACCUUCACCAGUCAGUAACAACGUAAGGGCAUCGACAGCGGCAGAACAACCGCAUGGCCACGACCUCAUCUCUUCUAAAGCAAGCGCUGCCGCUGCUGCUGUCGAGAGCUUUAGCGGCGCGACGACGGUAGGGGGCCUGCCGCAUUUGGCUCCGCUGCCGAACCUAGUCGCUACAGGAGCGGUUGUACACGGUGUGGCAGGGGCUAGCAGCGCAGAUCAGCAACGCAAGCCACCAUACCAGCAACAGCAACGCGCCAAGUCCUUAGACUCGCCGCCGAUGACUGCACGUCAGCCGCAGCACCAGCAGCAACAACAACAACAGCAGCAACAAGCUACGCUGCUGUAUCAGCGCCGUGGCCCACAAGCCUCGACGUCCUCCACUGGCACUAGCUCCAGCUCUGGUGCUAAUAGCAUGUUGAUAGAAACAGGUGUGUUGAGCCCGCGACGCGUGAGUCUUCCCAGCACGACCAGCAGCUCCCCGAGUCCCCCUCCAACCAGUCCCAUUGGGAGCAGAUUUCGACCUUCGAACCCGCGCACCCAGUCUGCAGGAAGUACUGCUAGUCGCAGCACAAGCAGUGCCUCCAGCGCUGAUACUGCUGUGUUCACACCUGCUGCUGCUGCUGUUGGCGAGAUGAGUCACUCCAGUCCAUCACCGACUGCUACUGGCGGCCAUACGAGCGCCAGCGCCAUGGUAUUCCAGUACAAACCGAGUGGAAAUGCUGCUGCUGUUUCAGCAGCGUUGCCAGCGACUAGCCCGUCUUCUGCCAGUGCUGUAGCCGCAUCACAACCGCGGAGUCCCAAGCGAGCAGGCCACAAGCACCACCAUUUGUCGUCCGACGCGUCACUAUCAGCAGCCACAGCCAGCAAGUACCCGGAUUUGAGAAACAGGGCGCAAAGCGAGACUACCAUCAAACCCAUUCCUGCAGCUGCUGCUGUUGCUGCUGCUGGCAAUGAUGAUCCGGAGCAGGAGCUACAGGAGCAGCUGGCAAAGCUGGGAGCGUCGCUGAACAAGCUGAAGAGCUUCAGUCGCAGUAACAGCAUGAACAAGAGCCGCAGCGACCUGGCCAAGGACCACCAGACGCAGAGCAAGACCACGGCCACGGCGAUGGCAAGUAACCGUGACGACGGCGGCUCUCCGCGAGCAGCCGCAGCCAGGCCUCGCCGUCUCACACGCACCGCGUCGGAUUCAGACUCUCUCCGCUACGACUUUGACCUCAGGCCCAGUCCCGGCCGCAGCCCCCUGGUAGUCAAUGAAGCAAAGAAAGAGGAUUCCUGUGGAAAGCUCCCCGAUGUCCAUCACAAGCGCAGCGCCGGUUCCAACCCGCAGAGAACGCGCAAGGAGAUCAAGACCAGGAGCUCUGGCAGUGGAAGCGGCGAAGCACCGAAAGUGCGGCCAAAGUCCACCGGUAUGGGACUAGGCAAGGGAAAAGGCGUGCACCGCUCAGUCACAUUCUCCCAUGGCAACGAGUCGGCAAUGCGUCGCCAUGUGUACGGAAGCAGUGGUGACGACCAUCACGCCAUUGCCGCGCUGCCACCGGACCUGUUGCUGAAGAGGAUUCUGUUCGACAAGACCGGCAGUGGAUCGUCGCCUCCUUCCUCGCCGGCUACGGUGAAAUCCUGAAUCUCUCGGUUAUAGGCAAGGCCGAGGCCCGCUGUUGCACUCACGGAACACCUGACAGUGUGUGUACAUCACCAGCUAUGGUGAAAUCCUGAACCUCUCGGAUACGCCAGGUUGUGGCCUGCACUUACCAAACACCUGACAGUGUGUGUGGAUCACCAGCUGCUGUGACAUCCUGUAUCUCUCUGUUAGGCAAGGUUGUGCCGGGACUGCACGUACCAAACACCUGACAGUGUUUGCAGAUCACCAGCUACGGUGACAACCUGAACCUCUCGGAUACACAAGCCGUUGUGGCCUGCACUCACCCAACACUGCCUGACAGUACAGUGUAUAAAGCUAGACAAAAAAAUCACUCAUCAGAGUGAUCAUGAACAGGGAGCAGUAAAAAUACCACUCUAGCCUGAUUAUGACCUUACCACCCUCCCUCAUUUCCCUGUCCCUGCUCCUCACACUACUUGCAUACCAGUAACAGCCAGCAGCAGUAAUGGGAUUAUGUGUGCGCACGACGUCCCGGCGUCUGCCCAUGCACAGCCAUUGUCUGCAUGCCAUGCAGCUUGAGGAUUAGAAGUAGAUGAAGAAUGAAUAACUAUAAUGUAUGUGUCAGUAUAGCCAGCUCUGUGGCCUGUACGCGCUGACAUGCCCUGCCGCAUGCCGUCUAGGGAGCCCUACCCACUGAUGGGCUGCGUAGGGCUCCCUGGUUUGAACAACUCGAGAUCCUAAUGAUGUGUACUACCGUAUGUAGCUGUUACUCUUACCACUUGCUCAGUCACUUACUGGGAGAUCACCUCCCUACUUUGAAUCCCACAAAAUAAUUUCCAAUAAUGAUGAUGACCUCAUCGAUCAGCAGGUCUCAAAAAAAGACCAGUUAAUUCCAUUGAAUGACAUCACUGAAUGACAUCACUGGAUGAAGUAUGUAUGCAUGAUAAUCGGACCUGCUACUGAGUUUCCAAUUGGAGUUGUAAAAGUGACGUUGAAAUGUUUCUUUGCCUUCGGCUACGCUUCUUUCACACACUCAUAAUACAUGUACUUGCCACAGCUAUAUCCAUUCCCAGCCAGUCUGAAAGAACAGUGACACGGAUCCCUUCAGGUGUAACAUUGUCAGUUGCUAAUCGAUUGUAAUCACACUGCACGAGGCUACAUUUUGUAGUUGCAUGCACACAUGGCCAGUACAUGGCUCGUGUGUGUUUAAAUUUUUUAAUGCUGUGCUUACCUCAGUGAAGUCAUGUGAUCACGUCGCUA